AUGGAGCGCGCCGGCACCGUCAGCUUCGGGUGGAUGCUAAACGACGAUAAGGUCCGCGAUGGGCGAUAUGGGCCAUCUUCUUGGCCCUCGACAAUGCCACAGGAGAGCUACUUGCGGCAGAACGCCUCGACCUCGAUCCGCCCGCGCUGGCCACGGCGCUCGCCCAUCUGGACCAAACCCCCGGAUGCCGCGACCAGGAAUGGCAGCAGCACACCCUGCCAUACUUUGGUUACCAGCAUAGGGGCGACCACACCUAAGUGCUCACCGGCGUCGCCCACGGCGGCACGCUCUCAGAUUUCCUCGAGCCGCUACAAGGGGCAGUGCCCAUGGACUUGGCGCGCAACAUCAUACGCUCCGUCGCCAAAGGCUUCGACGGGCUCCGCACCGCCCGAGGCCUUUCGGCCUCGAAGCUCCGCUGCUGGACGUCGCUAUGACCGGCCAGAUGUUACCGCCUGCCCUGCCCUGCUAGCGCUGCCGGAGCUCGUAAUCGGUGGGACCGACGGCCUCCGCAAAGCAAACGGCUGGCUGCUCGGCGUUAUCGCCGCCCAGGUGCCAUCGGGCAGGCCCGGCAUCGUCGCCAAUUACGCCUCGGCCACAUCGGUCGGGGCAGAAAUCUCCAGGCAAAGCCAGAUAACCACGGCGUUGGAGCUCCUGGUGCUUAACCGCGAAGUGGCACUGCCUAAGUGCCUAAGGACCAGGCAGCGCUCGACUUCCUGUGCCAGUGCUUUACCGUCCGCAGUGACCAGCGGCCGGGACUAUCCCAGCUUCGUAACCAUGCUUUUCUUCGCGACGGACAGUAAUGGCGAAAAAUUGAGUUAG